UCCUGAGCUGCGGGCUGCGAGGGAGGAGAAGCAGCGUCUUGCAACCCCCUCGGCUGGGCCCCGGGGUAAUUCGAUGCGGGCCUGGCGAGGCUCCCCACGCCAGACCGGGGCUCGCGUCUCGGCAGCCUCCACCCACCGGCCCACCCUACAUUUAGCGCAUCAUGUGAUCCGGCCUUUGCAGCCUCUCAACAUGUGGAAAAUAUCUUCUGAAUACGAUUAAACAGCACCUCUUUACGUGCCCCGCAACAAGGAUCAAAAAUGGUCAUCUCUGCUGUGGGUCAGGAUCCAUGUGACUCUGGAGACCAAUGGAUGAAUGAAUACCCAUAUGAAGAGGAAACCAAUAAAGAAUAUCAACACCUUUGAGAACAGAAUGUUAAUGCUUGAUGGGAUGCCGUCAGUUAGAGUCAAAACAGAGCUUUUGGAAUCUGAGCAAGGGUCUCCGAACGUCCACAACUACCCCGAUAUGGAAGCUGUUCCCCUGUUGCUAAAUAAUGUGAAAGGGGAGCCCCCGGAGGACUCGUUAUCUGUAGAUCACUUCCAAACACAAACUGAGCCAGUGGACUUGUCGAUCAACAAAGCCAGGACAUCCCCCACAGCCGUUUCAUCUUCCCCAGUUUCCAUGACAGCGUCUGCCUCCUCGCCUUCUUCAACUUCAACCUCUUCAUCAUCUUCUAGUCGUCCAGCCUCAUCCCCAACUGUUAUAACGUCCGUAUCUUCAGCAUCAUCUUCGUCAACAGUAUUAACUCCAGGGCCCCUUGUCGCCUCCGCAUCUGGUGUGGGAGGCCAGCAGUUUUUGCACAUUAUCCAUCCUGUACCGCCUUCAAGUCCCAUGAAUUUACAGUCUAACAAACUGAGUCAUGUUCACCGCAUCCCUGUGGUGGUACAGUCGGUGCCUGUUGUCUACACAGCUGUGCGGUCACCUGGAAAUGUGAACAACACUAUCGUAGUGCCGCUUUUGGAGGAUGGGAGAAGCCAUGGCAAAGCACAAAUGGACCCCCGAGGCCUAUCUCCCAGACAAAGUAAAAGUGACAGUGACGAUGAUGACCUGCCAAAUGUGACCUUAGAUAGCGUUAAUGAGACUGGAUCUACGGCCCUUUCCAUAGCCAGAGCAGUACAAGAAGUACAUCCGUCCCCAGUAUCAAGGGUCCGGGGAAAUCGAAUGAAUAAUCAGAAGUUUGCUUGUUCAAUUUCACCGUUUAGUAUUGAGAGCACAAGGCGCCAGAGACGGUCUGAGUCCCCCGACUCCAGGAAACGGCGUAUCCACAGAUGUGACUUUGAGGGAUGCAACAAAGUAUACACAAAGAGUUCUCACCUGAAGGCCCAUCGAAGGACACACACAGGAGAGAAACCCUACAAGUGUACCUGGGAAGGCUGCACCUGGAAGUUUGCGCGUUCGGACGAACUGACAAGGCAUUACCGCAAACACACGGGAGUGAAGCCAUUCAAGUGCGCGGACUGUGAUCGCAGCUUUUCCCGGUCAGAUCACUUGGCACUGCACCGCCGGAGGCACAUGCUGGUGUGAGGAAUGCCACCUGUCCAGCUGGGCGGAAGAGCUGGAUCUCUUAGCGGCACCCAAUUCAGCAGGGCUGAAUCCCCGUCACAGUGUUAACACAAAAGGGCACCGCCAUCCCACGAUGUCUGAAACCAGAGCAGGAAAAAAAAGGGACUCUUCUCCUUUCCCGCCUGAAGGUAACCCCCCAUCGCGACUACACGAGAAACGUCUUCACGCUGGCCUGGGAGAUCCGUGACACAAAUGCUGAAGAGACAGGCAUUGUUCCCCGUGCUGUGUGCUCUGCCAUUUCAAGAUGUUUGUAGCUUGUACGUUUUCUGAGCUGUCAGACAUUUUGUUAUCGAUACCGUAAAGGUCGUCUACCACCAGUUGCUGGCUAGAGCAAGACCUUUUACAUUUGGAUUCCCCUCCCAUCAUCCCACCCCUUACCCUCUUUUUACUGAAAUUUUAGUUACUGUGUCAGUGAGAUAGAACACACAUCCAAUCUGUUACCAGCAGCAGCAUGAAAGUAGAGAAGAAGAGCCUGUUGGAGAGGUUCCAUUACCUGAAAAUAAAGGGGCACUCAGGCAGCCCUUUGCAAUAGGGAUGACGGCAACUAGGUAUCACGUGCAACUUGUCAUUCUGCCAUGCCCCGAAGAAAACCAACAUUGAACCUUUCA